ACGGCCAGCAGUUUAAAUGGCACUUCGCUCAAUGGUCUUCUAAAUCCGCCUAUUUUAUCCCAUUUUCGAACCUAAAUCUCCCGCAAACCUACUGACACCGAGCGAGCCACCCUGCGGAGAACAAGUGGAUCGAAGGGAUGAUGGAGGAAGGGAGAGAAGGGGAGAGAACAAGGAGGAAAAGAGAGUAAAGCGAGAGGAGUCCGCGGACGUUGGUAUUCUUAGAAACUCUGGUGAAAAAUGGCUGAGCAAACGCAGCCUUCGAUUGUGAUCCAUGGUGACUUGACGUCAGUAAGCCAAACUGACGCAGAGUCUUAUGCUGACCCACGUAUCUGUUUGGUUGGUUGUUUAGCUGAUGACCCUGUAGCACUUGAAGCAGCUAAGAAAUUUAAUGUCCCUGUGGUGACGUCCGAAACUGGUGAAGAAUAUGCUUCAGAUGUAAAUUAUUGUACACAUUUUGUUGUAACUGAUUUUGAGAGUAAAGAGUUUGAGGAACUUCACAAACUUGGUGCAAGAUUAUUUGGAAAGCCAGCAUUAUUAGAGCUGUCAAAAGAUGGUAUCUUAAUUUACAAUCAACGACCAGUCUUUUGCCAUGUGAUGAUAGGUGUUGUUCUGGUAUUUACUGGGUUCAGAAAAAAAGCAGAAGUCUCAAGACUGCUAAAGCUGGUCCACUAUAUGGGUGGUAGUGUGAAGAAUGAGAUCAGAGAAAAUGUCACCCACCUCUUAGCCUAUUCAUCAACUGGGGAAAAAUAUCAGUACGCCACAACCUUCAACAUUCCCGUCAUGGGUGAGGAUUGGGUUCACGCCGCGUGGGCUCACAGAGACGAAGUGGGAGCGCGUGCAGAUAUCAACAGCAUGAUGAAGUACAAAAUAAAGGUGUUCCACAACCUGAGAAUGGUGCUGUUGGGCUUCCCCUCUGAAGAUCAGGGGCAGAUGGAAGACCUUGUCCGGCAGAAUGGGGGUGUGCUGACCACAUUAGAUGACCAGCAUGCAACUCAUGUGGUGGUAGAAGAACAAAGUGUGGCUGAAAAGCCUUCAGAUUGUCCACCGCGUGCACAUGUGGUUAAGGCAGAAUGGUUCUGGACCUCUAUCCAGAUGGAUGCUUGCCCCAAUGAGAAACUACAUCUCUUUGAGGAAAUGAACUCAAGUAGUGUCUUGAGCCCACGGCAAAUGUUUGUCUCACCAAGUACUCCAGGCUCCAGAAGUAGAAGACGUAAACGGUUGAGAGAGACUGUGCAACAGUUGGCCCAGGAUGACUCGCCAUCAACACUUCCUUCAGCUCCUCCAGCAAGGCACAGCAAACGAAGAUCCUCAGUGGGUGAUUUAGCUUACCUGUCAGCUGAUGGUUCAUUCUUGGACGAGACCGUUCCCACCCCAAACAGGUUGAUCGGCAGAUUUCCCCAUGAAGUAGACGGUGCCGAUGCUACUCCUCUCAGCCCACCCUCCGUUGACCUGAAGCAGCUGUCAGCUCGUCAGAGAGUUUUCCAUGAGUUGGUCAAGACUGAGUGUAACUACGUAAACAUUCUUGACACCGUUGAAAAAGUUAUAAAAGCACCUCUGGAAAGCAUAGUCCAACCCGGUGGACCAAUGUUAGAUGCACAAGAAUUAAAAUUCAUAUUCGGCAACUUACCUCCAAUCCAUGAAGUCCACAAGCGCAUGCGGAAUGAUCUUCUUCAGUUGGCACAUAAUUGGUCAGAUGAUGCUAGUAUAGGAGAUAUCAUUUUGAAAUAUUCUUCAGACUUGCAAGCAGCUUAUCCACCUUUCAUCAACUACUUUGAAAACAUGAAGGAAAUGCUUCAGAGAAUUUCCAUCGAACGACCCAGAUUUCAUGCUUUCCUCAAGAUUGCGCAGAACAAACCAGAGUGUGGGCGGCAGAGCUUCCAGGAACUUUUGAUUCGGCCGGUGCAGAGAUUACCAUCCAUGAGCCUUCUUAUUAAUGACAUCUUGAAACAUACAGAUAAAGCUUCCCCAGACCAUGCAUCUCUAGAACAAGCUCUUGAUCAAAUCAAGUCUGUUAUGACAUAUAUUAAUGAUGACAAGAGAAAAACAGAAGCCAAAUUAAAACUCUUCGAAAUCCACAACGAUAUUGAAAUGUGUCCUCCUAACUUGGUGGCAUCUCAUAGACUGUACUUGAGCAAGGUGGAUGUCACAGAGUUGAGUGACACGUGUAGUGGUCGAGGUGACACCCUCACCCUCUUCCUUUUUAAUGAUGUCAUGGAAAUCUGCAAGAAGAAAAGCAAGUACAACAGCAUCAAAAGUCCGAGCAGAGCAAAUCUCCAUGCUAUUAAGCCUAUCAAAACUUACAAGCACCUGGAGAUGAUGAACCUGGCCCAUAUCAAGAGAAUUGUUGAUAUCAGAGAGACAGAAGAAUGUCACAAUGUUUUUGCUCUAAUCAUUCGAGCCAACCAGGAGUUCAAGGAGCGUCUUUUUACCUUCGCACUCAUGCCUGACGACACAACAAAGGCUGCUUUCCUCAAGAUCCUUUGUCGAACUGUUGCCAAUGUUGUGUGUAGGAAUGAUGUGGAGAAUUUCUUGGUUUCAAUGGAUCCACACCAUUUAGACAUAGAGACCAGUGAUGUCAGUUUAACCAAUGCUCUCAGCAAAGCUCUCAGAUUUGCCACACGGACUGGCAGGAAGGUGAGCCGUGCCUUCAGCUUUAACAAAUCCCCCAGUAAGUUAAAGCGAGCUGUGUCAACCGUGAUGAGCCCCUUCGGCACGCUCUCCCAACAGUCGUCCAUGAGAGGAGCAACGAGUGUCAACAACCUGGCUGAUCUCUCUCUCUCAGGAACACCACCUAGCGGGGGCUUUGCUCAGCCAAUGGCCACUCCCACUCCCCGCAGACGCCCUCUCAAGCAUGUAUGAUGGCAUUUUUGUGACAGGAGGGUAAUGAAGAAAAUAUUAUUGCUCUCAUUACCAGACAUUGAAUGCAAAUUGUAAUUAAUCAAUAAAAAGGCAAACAAAAGAAACAAACUUCUGGAAACAGGUGUUUCACUCUUGAAAUGCAUCUGUUGUCACUUGGCCAGUUGUCUCUGACUGGUUAGCCAGAAGCUUUUCUGCCCAUGCUCUCCAGUGUCCCUGAUUUCAUGACAAAUCAUCAGCAGCUCAACACACCAAUCAGUAGAUAAUUGUUUAGUGUGUCUGAGAUUGGACUGUCGGUGCUACACAUGCUCAUUGUUACGGUCUCUUCCCAGGCUCAGUGAAGGCUUCAGUACCAGCUUUUUUACUGAGACAAAUGAAGAAGUGACUCCGCAACAAAGGACUAGCGUAUGAGGUGCACACCCUACGGGUCUGUCCUGCUUAUAAAUGUGAAAUCCAGGAUACCGAUUAAAACUUGCUGUGUUUGAAUAUUUUUAUGUCUUAAUUUGUUACCACAAGUACAAAACCAGUGCUGCAGCCAAAUGUUACACUUUGUGUGAAUGAAUGAUGAGGUAGAAUGAUUGUAUGGUAUAUUGUAUUAUUGUAUUACUCUCAAAGACACAGGAGUUAUCAAAACUAGAGAACUUGCCUGGUAGGAGAGAAAGUUUAUUAUUUUUAUUUUCAUUAUAAUUAUUUUUUUUUUUUUUUAUGCAUACAGUCUGACUUAUCUCUGAGAAUGUAGAAAAAGUGAAUGGAUUAAUUUAUAAAUUUGAUAAUCAAAUGGGAUGUAGUCUUUUAUCAAUCAGAAUGGAGAUGUAUAUGUGUAUGGAGACCGGACGAUCAUUUCAGAGACCUUUAGUUCAUUUACAAAAUUGUUAUGUAGAUGACAUGUAAAGUAUACAUUUGAUAAAUUCAUCUUGUAUAAUUCUAUGUAAUACCACCAGUAACUUUAUAAAAUUGAAGAUUGUAAAUGAGGAUGUACCAGAUAGUCAUUAAACAGAAAUGUGGUUAUAAGCCAGUGGCAGAUUUUCAUAUUUCAUGUUUUUUAUUUUUAUAUUUUUUAUUUAUCCAUUGCAUGUUUUAUGUAUUAUUAUUAUUAUUAUUAUUAUUAUUAUUAUUAUUAUUAUUAUUAUUAUUAUUAUUAUUAUUAUUAUUAUUAUUAUUUAUACUUGUAAGUUCAUUUGAGAGUAUAUACAUAGAAUAGAAGAGAAUGAGGUGCAGUUGAUUUAGUUGAGGAAGGGCAAACCUACGCCCAAUAUAAGCAAUACAUUUCAAGCAUGCCAAAUAGGAAUUUUUCCCACAGUAUUGUGCCUGGUUUGUAUUUAUUCAUUUUUGUAAUUUUUCUAACCUGCUUGUAGCUAUAAAACCAGUAGCAUAAUUAACAAUAACUCCCCCCUUUACACCGCAUCAUCCUUUCAGUAUUUAUAUAUCUACACAAAUUAUGGCAGCAAAGAAAUAAGAAGCACUAAUCAAUUAGCACAGACACAUCUCUUGGACAACUGUUAGCGUGUUAAGGCUCCUAACUUUAGAUCUGGCACAGGAAGGGUCUGUCAUUCUCACUAGAAAAAUUACGACAUAUAUCAGACAAGCUUCAUAACAGACAUUCAUUAAUAAACCAACUGCUGUAGCAUGUGUCACUUGAGAAGGAUGUCUUCGCAGUUACUACUAUUUAAAUGUGCUAUUUCUCUGUUUAUUUUAUUUGUUUAUUAUUAUUGUUGUUAUUAUGAUUAUUA